AAACACUAAAUAGUCAAAGAUAGUCACUCUAAACCAACGCGCCUCCUGGAAACAGUAGAAUAGAACAAAAGCGACGCGCCUCCAAUUCUACUCCACUGCUUUCUUCCUCAGAAUUUAAGCAGCUCACCUUUUUCUGUCCCACAAAGUAAAAGCAAUUGGAAACUUCAAAAGCAAUAAUUUAUCUUUGCGUACACUUCUUUCUCUCUGGCAAGUGAAAAGCAAUUACUCUUUUAUUGCUAUAAGCGCUGAAAUCUGAGAUUAUUCCUUCGCUUUCAGUUCGUGGACUGCAAAAACAACUUUUAUUUGGCUACUGGAUGUUUUCCAGUGAUUUUGCUGGCUUAUUUGGAAGACGGAGAUGAAGCUAUCUGCUCUUUUGACUUCUGCUGGAAUCAAUAUUGCAGUCUGUGUGGUGCUGUUCUUUUUGUAUUCCUUAUUGAGGAAACAACCAACUUUUGUAAAUGUCUACUUCAGCCAGAGGUUUGCUCCUCAUGUACGAACAAGACACCUUGGUACCUUUUGCUUUAACCGAUUUGUUCCUUCUCCUAGUUGGAUCUUGAAGGCGUGGGAAGCAUCUGAUGAAGAGAUAGUUGCUGCCGGGGGCUUGGAUGCGCUAGUGUUGGUGCGGAUGAUUGUUUUCAGUUUCCGAAUAUUCUCCAUUGCAGCUAUUCUGGGCCUUUUCCUGGUGCUGCCUCUUAACUAUUUUGGUCAAGAUAUUCGACGUCAGCAAAUUCCAGCUGAGUCAUUGGAGGUAUUCACUAUUGUGAAUGUUGAGGCAGGGUCAAGAUGGUUCUGGGUGCACUGCCUUGCACUGUAUAUUAUAUCCUGCUCUGCAUGUCUUCUUCUUUACUUUGAGUACAAAAGUAUCUCAAGGAAGCGGCUGGCGUACUUCACCUCAUCAGUUCGCCAUCCAAGUUACUUCACAGUUCUGGUCCGUGCUAUCCCAAAGUCUCAGAAAGAAUCAUACAGUCAUACAGUGGAAAAAUUCUUCACAAAUUACUACACAUCAAGUUAUUUAUCUCAUCAAAUUGUUUAUCGUUCUGGCCCUGUUCAGAAACUGCUGACUGAUGCAGAGGAGGUGUUCAAGAUGCUUAAAACAGCCCCAGAAGAGCUUUGUCCUGGAUCAAAUUUUAUGAAAUGUGGCCUUUGUGGAGGAACAAAUCACUCUUUCAAGAUGCUUCCUGCUGAGCGUGUUAGUGAUAAAGGAAGAGAUGAUUCUGAUGGUUCAGAUUUGAGAAAAAAGGAGUCUGCAGCUGCUUUAGUUUUUUUCAGGAAUCGGUAUGCUGCUUUAGUUGCUUCUCAAGGUCUUCAAUCUCAGAAUCCCAUGUCAUGGGUUACGGAUCUUGCUCCAGAACCAGAGGAUAUGUACUGGUCAAACAUCUGUGUUCCUUACAGACUCCUUUGGAUUCGUAGAGUUGCUCUCCUAGUGGCCUCUAUACUUUUUGUGGCAUUUUUCCUUGUGCCCGUUUCAUUAACACAAAGUCUUGUUCAUCUCGACAAGCUGCAAAAGACAUUUCCAUUUCUUAUAGGAAUUUUAAAGAGGACAGGAGUGACUCAGCUAGUCACUGGAUAUCUACCAAGUGUUGUAUUAAUUUUAUUUUCCUACAUUGUUCCUCCAUUGAUGUUGCUAUUUUCUAAAAUGGAGGGUUCUAUCUCUCGUAGUGGCAGGAAGAGGAGUGCAUGCAUAAAAGUUAUUUACUUCUUCUUCUGGAAUGUUUUCUUUGGUAACAUCGUCUCCGGUUCUGUUAUUGAGAGAUUAAACAAAAUCUUUAAGGAUGUAAACAAUCUACUUUCAACGGCUGUGCCAUCAACGGCCACCUUUUUUAUGACUUAUGUUUUGACAUCAGGCUGGGCAAGUCUCUCUGUUGAACUCAUACAACCAUUUGGUAUCAUCUGCAGAUUGUUCUCCAGGUUUAUUCUCAGAAACAGGGAACCAUCAUCUCAUGGAACACUGACUUUUCCAUACCAUACAGAAGUUCCGAGGAUCCUCCUAUUUGGGCUUUUUGGCUUUGCAUAUGCCAUAUUGGCACCUUUAAUACUCCCAUUCUUGGUGGUUUAUUUUUCCAUUGCUUACUUUGUAUACCGUAAUCAGAUCCUCAAUGUGUAUGUGACAAAAUAUCAAACUGGUGGAACCUAUUGGCCUAUUGUGCACAACACCACAAUUUUCUCAAUGGUGCUGAUGCAAAUUAUAGCUUCGGCAGUCUUUGGAUUUAAAAAAUCUUCAACAGCAUCAGGCUUCACUAUUCCAUUGAUAAUCUGUACACUCCUCUUCAAUGAGUACUGCAGGCAAAGGUUCGAACCAUUAUUCAAGUACACUCCUGCUCAGAUCCUCAUUGAGAUGGAUAGGCAGGACGAAGAAUGUGGGAGGAUGAAAGAGAUACGUCAACAACUCGCAUCAGCUUAUUGUCAGUUCAAAUCAACUUCACCUACACUGGAUAAAGCUGUUCCUGAAAGUGACGAAGAGAACAUGAGUAUCCAUAAGGUUCAAGGCAUAGAAGAUACUAAUCCAGGGAAAAGUCCUCAUCUUCCUCCAUCAUGUACAUCUUUUGAUAGUAAAAGUCCUCAUCUUCCUUUGACAUCUUUGGACAUUAGAAGUCCUCAUCUUCCUUCAUCACGUGCGUCUUUUGAAAUUAAAAGUCCUCAUCUUCCUUCAUCACGUACGUCUUUGGAAAUUAAAAGUCAUCCUCGUCUUCCUUCAUCACAUACAUCUUUGGAAAAUAAAAUUCCUCAUCUUCCUUCAUCACAUACGUCUUCGGAAAUUAAAAGCCCUCGUCUUCUUUCACCACACGCGUCUUUGGAAAAUAAAAGUCCUCAUAUUCCUUCACCACGUGCAUCUUUGGAAAAUAGAAGUCCUCAUCUUCCUUCAUCACGUACGUCUUUUGAAAAUAUAAGUCCUCCCCAUCUUCCUUCACCACGUACUUCUUUGGAAAUUAGAAGUCCUCGUCUUCUUUCACCACGUGCGUCUUUGGAAGUUAGAAGUCCCCGGCUUCCUUCACCACAUGCGUCUUUGGAAAUUGAAAGUCCUCGUCUUUCUUCAUCUUUGGAAGCUGAAGAAUCAUGUGCCAAGUAGAUGAAUAUUUUCUGUGCAUUUUAUAUGCGGAAUCAGUGCUGAUUGUGCAUUCUUAUGACUGUCUAUUAUAUGACAUGGUUGAUUUGUGAAAUGCCUUGAGAAGAGACUUUGUGAAAGCGUAUAGAAAAUAUUUUUCUUUGAAAUAUGCCAUCUGAAGAGAUUACUUGGAAGUGUACAUAAAUUCUUCGGGGGCUUACUGAAGCUGCAACACCUUAGAGUUACCUAAAGAUCGUUUUUUAUUCCUCCCUAUAUGUUUUUGAUAUUUUGUAUAGAUGGUUCCAUGAUUAUGGAGACCCGUGUAAGUACAUAGAUGUAUUGGUGAACCGCUGCUUGAUGUGAGUAUGAUUUUGUUUCUUUAAAUUUUAUGAAGUUGUAAUAUGCAAUAAGAAGAAUAAAAUAUUAUAACACAAGGGAAAACAACUACUGUUGCGUUGUAGUUAUUUUUGGUCUA